AUGAUUAGCAUCCCACUCCUCCACUGGCCAAAGCAGCACCGUCAACCAAGUGGACAUGCCGAUCUUCAGAUUCCUAAAGAGUUAACCAUUGCUAGCAAAAGAGAAGUCCUUCAAACUUUGAGUGAACUUUCAGCUUCUGGUGACAUUUCACAAGACAAAUUCCUUGGUGUUGUGCAUCAAAUUCCACAGCUCUUUCAGUAUCAAGAAGGUGGAAGGGAGGAGCAGAGAUCUCCCUUCAAUGAUUGUUUUCCAUUUAAGUGACCUAGAUAUGAAGAUUCAGAUAAACCGUUUGUAGAUAGCCCAGCAUCAAGAAUUGCUGGCCUUAAUACAAAUCAGCGGCUUACAGCUUUAGCUGAACACCGACCAUUAUUAGAUGGACCUGGUAGGCCAUGUGAGAGGAGACAUGUCCCAGCCAAGAUGAUUUUGGAAGGACCUAAUAAAUUAAGCCAUAGAAUGGAUGGACCCCCUACACCAGCUUCUCUUGGGUUGGAGGGAUCACAAGGACAAAGCAGGGGAGGAGGCCCUAUGCAAUGCAGAGGACCACAAGGUCAGUUAGGAGGUGCGUGUCCUUUGAGAUUUGAAGUUCGUCCAGGACCAGUACAAUUACCUCUGCGACAUGAAGGGACAAUUGUUCAAGGAGGAGGAGGAGGAGGGGGAGGAGGAGGAGGAGGGGGAGGAGGAGAAGGAGGAGGAGGCAGUUUUCAAUUUGAAGGUUCACCUAGUGUGAGUUUGGAGGGAUCUAAAGGUGGUUUGGGAUUUGAAGGACCUGGGGGUCAGCCUUUGGGCGUUCUGAGGUCUGAAGGCCCUCUCGGACAUCCUGUGGGCAGUCUUAGAUUUGAUAAUCCUCGAUGCCAACCUUUAGGUGGGCUCAGGUUUAAGGGGGCUCAUCAUCGACCAGGGGGAGCAAUUAGGUUUGAUGGGCCUCAUGGUCAGCCAGGUGGUGCUAUCAGAUUUGAGGGCCCUUUGCCACAGCAAGGAGUUGGAAUGAGGUUUGAGGGUCCCCAUGGUCAGGCUGUGGCUGGUGUGAGAUUGGAAGGACAUAAUCAACUAGGUGGGAACCUUAUGUCUGAGGGACCACAUGGCCAACCAGGGUUUGGCAUCAGGUUGGAAGGACCUUUAGUACAACAGGGAGGUGGAAUGAGGUUUGGGGGUCCUGUGCCAGGAGGUGGCCUGAGAACUGAAGCACCUGUGGGUCAAGGGGGUCCACGAUUUCAAGGUGGUCACUCUGUAAGGUUUGAUGGACAGCCAGGUCAGUCAUCACUUUUGCCAAGAUAUGAUGGAACACACAGCCUGCCAGGUCCUAGAUUUGAAAGAGCUGGUCAGCCAUGUCCACAGAGACUUCCUGGGCCACCUGGUCAGCAGGUUCAAGUGAGAUUUGAUAGUGUAACUCAAAGAUUUGAUGGGCCACAACAGCAGCAAGCAUCAAGAUCUGAUAUUCCUCUUGGUGUGCAAGGUACCAGAUUUGACAAUCAUCCUUCCCAAAGGCUUGACUCUUUCCAUCAGACUGGCCCAUAUAAUGACCCACCUGGCAAUGCUUUGAAUAUUCCAGAUCAAGGAUUACAGUUCCAAAGAAAUGAAGAGAUAUUUGACACACCUCAAGGACCAAAUUUGAAUGGACCUCAUGGCCCAAAGAAUUUCCCAAAGGCCCCUAACAGAGCGUCAGGACACUAUUUGAAUGAACAGAAUCUUGAGAGUUUUCAGUUGGGAAACUUGGGCAAUUUACCUAGUCCAAUGUCAGUAGGAGCUCUUCAGACAUCUCAACAGGUUCUGACUGGUGUAGCUCAGCCAGUAGCAUUUGGUCAAGGACAGCAGUUUUUACCAGUUCAUCCACAGAAGGCUGGAGCUUUUCAUCCAAAUCCUUCAGGAGGUCUUCCUAAGGCAUAUCCUGAUCAUCAUCUCGGUGAGGUGGAUGUGAAGGAAUUGUAUGCAAAACUGGUAAAAACGGGAAUUCUCAAAUUGUCCCAGCCUGACUCAACUGCAACCCAGGAAAAGGAGGCUGAUGCUCAGGCUCCCCCUGAAGAGGCAAAGGAUCAGAAUGAAGAUCAAGAUGCUCCAGAUCUUACUAAUUUUACAACUGAAGCAUUGAAACAACGUUAUGACAGUGUUAUAAACCGGCUGUACACUGGGAUUCAGUGUCCUUCUUGUGGAAUGAGGUUUGUGACAUCCCAGAGAGAUGUUUAUGCAGAUCAUUUGGACUGGCAUUAUCGGCAAAAUAGAAGCAAGAAAGAUGUUAGCAGAAAGGUCACUCAUAGACGUUGGUACUACAGUUUAACAGACUUGAUAGAAUUUGAAGAAACAGCUGAUCUGGAAGAACGGUCAAAAAGCCAGUUGUUUGAACAGGUUCAUGAAGUGGUUGUCCUCAAAUCUCAGGAGGCUUCUAAAGAAAAGGAGUUCCAAAGGGUCCCUGCUGGACCAGCAGGAGCACUUGAGAGUUGUGAAAUUUGUCAAGAACAAUUUGAACAGUUCUGGGAUGAAGAGGAGGAGGCAUGGCACUUAAAAAACGCUAUUGGAGUAGACGGAAAGAUUUACCAUCCAUCGUGUUAUGCAGAUUACCAAAAUACAUCUUCUUUUGAUUGGACACCAUCUGCCAUCAAGACUCCAGUUGAAAACCCUUGGAACAUUAGGGUGAACACUGUCAAAAAGGAAUCGCAAGACCCCUGUGAAAGUCCCAAAGUAAAGGAAGAGCACGUUGAUGCCCCACCAGCCUGUUCAGAAGAAAGUGUAGCAGCACCUACUGACAUUAAAACAGAAAAUGAUACAGUUGAGUCAGUUUAA